AUGAGCACAGGCCAAUGUGACAAGAAGUUACUGCCCAAACGUAGCGUGGUGUGCUACGUACGGCCAGACGACCCCCACUUCGACCUGUCCAAGCUGAACCCUUGUCUCUGCACACACAUCGUCUACGGAACGCUACAGAUAAAGGGCGACCUAUCGCUGGGACCCUUCCGCCACGGCAAUCUGACGGCUCUGAACUCCUUGCGCCGUCGCAACAGGCGGCUCGUGCCCAUGGUCGAGCUCCGGGGCUUGGACCACGUGGAGGAAGUGCCCACCGAGGAGCAGCUAGUGCACCUGGCGCAGCAGGUGUCCCGAAAGGUAGCGCCGACGGGACCUCGAGGUCUGGACGUCGACUACCAACUGCACGGCGUCGACUACCAGGUGGCCAUGGAGCAGAGGCCCGUGCUGGGACAGUUCCUUCACCACUUCCGGCGAGAGACGCCCAUCCAACACCUGGUCGUGACGGUGACCGUGGCCAAGGAACCGCACCUCGUGAACCACGCCUACGACUUCAGGAUGCUGGUCAAGAAUGCCGACCACGUGAACGUCCCGGCCUUCAUGUUCCACGACGGGCAGCCCGAGUACGCCUCGCAUCCCGCACCGUUGCACGGAGACCGGGGAGCCAUGGACAACACGGACUCCCUGGUGAACCUGGUGCUGGCGAUGGGCGUUCCCCGACAGAAGGUCGUCGUGGGCGUUCCCAUGUUCGGCAUGACCUACCGGCUCGCCGACCCGAACAUCGCGGCCAUCGGUGCGCCGCUGUACCACGGGCAGGACGACUCCUACCAGUUCAACCACCCGCAGUUCUGCGCCCUGCAACACAACCUGAACUUCAGCGUUGAGCGCGACGCCGACCUGACGGCUCCCUACGCGGUGAGCGGAGACGCCUUCAUGGGAUUCGAGGACGAACUCAGCUUGAGGCUCAAGGGCAAGUACAUCCAGGUGCGGGACCUUGGCGGCGCGUACGCGUACGCCGUGAACGACGACGACACCCGCGCCGUGUGCGGACAGGGCCGCUUCCCGCUGCUGCACAGCCUGCACGAGGGCAUCACCGGCGUGGUGCACGGCGCCGCCGCCGGAGGGCGCGUCGACUACGCGGCCACAAACAGCGAGACGCGCAUCGUGCGCGUCGUCGACCAGCAGGGCCAGAACCUGCACGUCGAGGGCCUCAACUCGUACAGCGUGGCCGGCUUCACGUGCACCCGCGCCGGCUCGUACCGGCACCCGCAGGACUGCUCCAAGUUCUUCCGCUGCGUCAAGUACGACCAGCAGAAGCACGAGUACACCGUGUUCAUCUUCGACUGCCCGCCGGGACUCGUGUUCGACGAGAAGAUCGAGGUCUGCAACUGGCCCUCGUGGUCCGAGUCUUGCCAUGGUUCGGGCGAGGUCUCCGUCACGCCAAGGUCAGCCUUCCGCUGCCCCGGCCUGGGCUACUACCAGGACCCCGAGAACUGUCGUCACUUUUACUUCUGCGACGACGCGUACGAAAACGGCACGUUUACUGCCUUCGACAUGCGCUGUCCGUACGGGCUGGGCUUCGACCCCAACACCUUCAGCUGCAACUACCAGGCGGUCACCCCGGGCUGCAAAGGCCACUCGGGUGUCGUCCAGCAGGCACUGUUCGGACCGUCCUUGUACGGUCCGGGCGAGUUCUACCACGCACCGAAGGGCUCUCCCAAUAGGGGCGUUCCCCUGCUUCCCUCGCACGUUCAGAGACCUCAACCACUGGGCCUCCACGGCAUCUCGGUCGCCAGCGGCGUCAUUCCCUCCGAGAUACACUUGCAGGCAGCGCCCACGGCCCUUCAACAGGUCCAUCCUAUAGUCAAGAAGAGCGCCUUCCACCGGCCAUCGCAUGUACAGACCAGGGACAUUCCCGCUCACUUCCUACCGGCUGCCGGCUAUCAGGGACCGCUCGGGUCACCGCACUACCCCGAAAUUCAAAUCGAGGCUCGCGUCAUACAGUCUCCCGCCGAUAUACAGGGUCAGGGUAUCUACUACGGACAGCAGGUCUACCAGCAGCAGGUAUACGAUCAACCGCAGCCUCCAAAGCAGACCGCUGGUUACGGCGGCCUUCAGGUGACCGUGCCUCAGGCAACUCAGGCUCCGCUGCUGCAGCAUCCCGGCACCUCCGCCUACGGUCACGGAACUUACGGCGCCACCAGUCAACUUCCACCCGGAACGUACAGGGUGCCCCAGACAAGCAUUCCGCCGCCGCCUCCUCCGCCUCCUAAGUUCCAGCUACCGGGCGUCCAGUACGGGCCGCCGGAGGUGCACAGGAACUUCGACCACACGCUCUCAAAUCUCUACCGAACGCACAUCGUCCACGGUCCGGGCUCGGGUACAUCGUUCAUUCCAGGACCACCGCAGACUCCUCAUUACUUCAGGACAUACCAGGAACUGCCCAGGGCGCUGUCCUACGCACCGCAACUCGACUCUGGCUUGAGGACCCUGUCCGGACCUUACAGCAGCUACAUGAGGUACAACCCGGCCACGUCCUUCUACGGAGGCUACGCCGGCACGUAUGAACGCAAGGCGUUCUCGCCACCUUUGGUCCGACCAUCAUCGCGCAUCCACUACGAGACGCUGCCGCCCGCACCCCAGUACACUGGCAGCCCGGAAGACUCGUAUUUCGCCACGCAAAAGCCGCAGGUAGGAACCAACUCCUUCAUCUUCGGCAACCAGCCCGAGCCUCAGCACCUCGACGGCCUGACACAGGUUGUGAGGACCAGGCUGCCUUUCGGCACUGCCAACGUCUACCUCUUCAACCCCUUGACCUUCAUGAACACAAACUUCCGCCAAGGCGUGACGAUGUUUGGCACCAACUACCUCUUCGGAGACAGCCACCACAUGUUCCCCUUGAGGCAGCCGGACCCGCCCAAACCAACGGUGCCGACGCUGCCACCUACGAGACCACUCAACUUCGCGCCCAAGCUGCCAGAGACGCGAACUGUACCACCCCUAAGCGUCGGAUAUGGCGGUCCCGGAGGAACUCAGUACACGUACACGACUCCGCCGCCACAGCCUUACAAAAAAGACGACGACGAGCUGAUAUCCCUGGAUGCCCUGACCAACACCAGGAGUCGACCGCCUGUGCCGGCACCUCCCGCUCCACUCGGUCAGCCGCCACUAGCGCCCCAGUUUACCAAGUACUCUCCGCCAACUUACACGUCCGCCCCCCUGCCCCCGCUUCCAUCGCCUCCUUCGCAGAAGCCGUCGUUCUCCUUCUCACCGGGCCAGAACCUCCAAACCAGAAAUUUCCAUCAACCGUUCCCCACUCUUCAACCCGCCGGUCCGAUCCCAACUUUCGCAGCCCUGGCUCCCAAACCUCCAACACCAACGGUUCCCUUUGCCAGGCCCAUACCACCCACUGUCCCAGCCCAGACACGAAGGCCGGCACUGCCCCCACCCCCACCACCCCCACCUCCACCACCUCCAAGACCCACGUACACCAUGCCGAUUUCCCAACCACCCGCUCCUACGGCUCCAGUCGUCCUCUCCGAACCCGCAGUGUCUGCACCCGCUCCUGCACCCGCUCCCACUCAGCCUUCUACGCCUAAGCUGCCGCCACCACCACCACCACCUUCAUCACCGAGCGCGGCGGGCGGCGACAGCAAGCCACCCUCGCAGUACUCCGUCAACAAGCUCGUGGUCGAAGAGCGCGAUCCACUCAUCACCAACGUCAAGCCCGUCCUGCAUACGGCACCACUCGACGACCCACCGCAGUCAAUCAUCCAGGAACUGCAAGAGGUCCUCGGCAGGAUGCGACCUGGAAGCUAUAAGAACCCAGUCAUCACUCCCAUCGAGCAGCUCCUCGAAGAGGAGGAUGACCAGGCCGUCAAGCUCGUCGUCUCUGAGAAGGGUCCACCCGAACUUCCACACGCAGGACCUCGAGUUUACAACAAGCCGGCGAAUCCUGUUGAAAUCCUCAAUCCGCAGCUACUCUCGCACUCCGUCCAGAAGCCCCAGUCCGCCCAGCUGUCCGAAGCCACUGUCGAGGACAGCCCACCCCCCGACAAGUCCUCCAUCUUCCUCAAGGGGAAGGCCUUGGUUGAGAACAUCCAGUCGACCAACAGCGUGCCGGCCGAUGGCUUGCAGCAGGAGCUCAAGGACAAGGCGUCUGAGAUGUCCACCAUACCGGAAGCAGCCUGCACUCGUGUCGGCCUCUUUCGGCACCCAACUGACUGCAGUCGCUUCUACGAGUGCUAUUAUGACAAGGGGCUACAGAAGUACACGGUGCACGAGUUUGAGUGCCCCAUCAAGCUCGCCUUCGACAGCUUCGUGUCGGCGUGCAGCUCCGACGGCUACGACCAGCUCUGCAGCAGGAAGGCUGCCGCCAAGGCAUAGUGAAGGAACAAGUACUGAACAAGCUGCAUUGUUAAAGGGGGCAUGUGCAAUCACUCUGUACAUUGUCAUCUACAUACACAUGCGUAUACAGGGUCACAGUGAAUGUGUCACAGCAUGGAGGAACACAACGGAAAGGAUUAUCCUGGCCGCGACAAACGUUUGAUUAACGUUACGACCUUGAGUAAUUCCAUGGGUACCUUUCAUGCAGCGAAGGUCGUGGUGAAGCAGGUGCAGAUAGGUGACUUUCUAAGAGUGAUAGCAAUAAUACUUGUACUUAAGUUCGAUGACCAUGUGAGCAGACUGUAGCAUAUUUGCAAAUUUUGCUAGGAUUAUGCGAAAGAGAUCCUGACAUGCAAUCCUUCGGGAAGGUUCACAGGAUAAAAAAGGGGUGCGAUGGGCAUCAGCAAUGUGGAACGUCAUAGCUUCUGCUUGGGCAUAUGUAAUACCUAAGACCAGAGCACUGACCACAAAGUGAAUUUUGGAAUUUCGCAAGGGACGCUGAUGACCAAGCUCUCAUGUGUGCGCCACACCAACUGCGUGUGUGCGUGUGUAGUAGUGUUACAGGAGCAAAUGCGACAUUGCUCAAAAUGUAAUACCAUGCUGCUAAAAGCAUUGUUUCACGUUAUGUUGGUUAUUACGUUAUGUUUCUGUUACAAUGUUGACUUUUACAUCAGUUGCUUUGAGUCAUCUAUUAGAGGUAUGCUUGCAUAGCAGAACAAUGCAGUACAACAAAAACCUUAAUACAAUAUUUCAAAAACUAAAUGAAGGCUAAGCCUACCGAGGUCACGCAAAACUGCCACAAAACAUAACUGAAUGUAACUGGCUUCAGUGCUAUGUAUUCAAGGUAUAAAGCAAACCUAAAAGGGUUAAACCCACUAUCUAGUAGGCACAUCUGUCUUCUAGCAAAUGGUGAAUUCCAAAGGACAUCUGAUGCCAGAAGAAUAAGCCAUCACAAGUUGUGCAGCAACAUGGUCAUUUUCAUGCAUGCUUCUCAUGUCACAGUCUUUCUUAUGCCAGUUACACAUGUAUUGCCACAAGUUACUGCACAUGUCCUUGAAGUGCACAUGCCUGUCAGUGAAGCACUCAAGGUGGCAGCUACAUUAUUGAAACAAGGCAUCAGUGAAUCUACGAUGCUUAUUUCAUUGUUAUGUUGCGAAUUGUGUUAUGUUACAGAAAUAAAAGAUUUGUUUUCUCGUGAAA